GAGGGAAGGCGGGGAGACAACAGCGGGCGGAGGCAGAGGGAGGUGGUCUGAGCUGUUCGUGUCUCCCGACCGAGGCCGAGCUCCCGCAGGCCGGGGAUCCGUUCUCUUGUACCCGGGGCCGACAUGGCUCUGAGGGAGCUGAAAGUCUGUCUGUUGGGGGAUACCGGCGUGGGCAAGUCCAGCAUCGUAUGGAGAUUUGUAGAAGACAGUUUUGACCCGAAUAUUAAUCCGACCAUUGGAGCAUCAUUCAUGACCAAGACUGUGCCACAUCAGAACGAACUCCAUAAAUUCCUUAUUUGGGACACUGCUGGUCAGGAGCGCUUCCGUGCAUUGGCCCCAAUGUACUACAGGGGUUCUACAGCAGCCAUCAUUGUGUAUGAUAUAACGAAAGAGGAAACCUUCUUAACAUUAAAGAACUGGGUGAAGGAGCUGCGGCAGCACGGGCCGCCCAACAUUGUGGUUGCAAUAGCAGGAAACAAGUGUGACCUAAACGAUGUCAGGGAGAUUUUUGAAAAGGAUGCAAAAGACUAUGCUGACGCCAUCAAUGCAGUAUUCGUGGAAACCAGUGCGAAGAACUCUGUUAACAUUAAUGAGCUGUUUAUAGAAAUUAGUAAAAGGAUCCCCUCAGCCAACACUGGUGCCACUUAUGGAAAAGGUUUCAAGCUAAGGAGACAGUCAUCAGAAGUUGAGCGCCGAUGCUGUUGACAGGAAGGACUGGUGCCUUUUCAUACGAGAGACAGGACUGUUGGGUUUUAUGCCAAGCCAUGCCAGCCGUCCCUAUCUCCCACUAUGGUAUAACACCCGGCUUGUAGCACAAGGGAAACCAUGUUGUAUAUUUGCCUCUACCUUAUUAUCUAAAGGGAAAACACCUCUCUGUUUGUGCCAUGGAGUGUGCUGUCCACUCACGGAUUCGUCCUUUUACUAGUUCUUCUAUGUGAUAAUACAUCUAGACGUCCUCUCGACUAACCGUGGAGCGUUGGAGAAUCCGUCAUUUUUUAAGGAUUUUGUUUAUUAUUCUGCUUUUAGCAUCCAUUUUUCUGUCAUUCUACCUUCAGCAGGAAGUGUUGGACCCCACUGUCAGCUCUUUGGCAAGGUUUUGUACCAAUUUCCAGUUGCCUGUUCUCCGUACAAUGCCUGCCUACUAAUAAGCAUGUUAAUUUUUAGUUGGAUUGGGGGUAACACUUCUGCCACUGGAUAGCUGGUGAUUCUGGGAAUUGUAUUGUCAGAUCAGAUGGAGGACAAAGUGGACUGAAAUAGUUUAAAGGGAACAAUUCCUAGUCUGUGAGUGAAACGCAGACAUGGGCAGAAUUAUCAAGGGUCGAAUUGAAAAUUUUUUAUGGUCAAAACUGUCAAAUUUGACUGGGGAGCUAUUCAGAUUGAUCUGAGUUUUUUUUAAAAAAUUGAUUUUCGAAAUUUAUCAUACUC